UUUCCAGAGCUGGAGGCCGGGGCCGCUCGGCGCCGCCUCGACGCCGUCCUGGAGCAGCUGCUGCAGAGAGGGAACAGGGAACCCCUGGAGGAGGAGCCUGGGAAGGGCCCCGGGGACCCCCCGGCCAAGGAGGCCUCACCCAGCGCUCCUGGCAAGAGGCCCCCCGGGCGUUUCCCGCAGCAGCGGCGCAAGAAGAGGCGGGAGGGGGGGGAGGGGCCCGAGACCCCGCCCCCGAAACACAAUUCCUUCGUGAUCCGUUUGUUUGACCGCAGCGUGGAGCUGGGGCAGUUCCCGGCCGGGACCCCCCUGUACCCCGUGUGCCGAGCCUGGAUUGGCCACAGCCCCGCCCCCGCCCCGCCCCCCGACCAGGCCCCCCCCGGAGCCGAGGAUGUUGUUUCCCUGCCCCCCCCCGGCCCCGCCCUGGCCCCGCGCGUCCCCUCCCCCCUGGGGCCCGACGAGGGCGGCCACGGCCCCGACCAGGUGUUAGACCCCGCCCCCUCGAUUACGUCACUGAUCUACAAGAACAUGGACAGGUGGAAACGGGUCCGGCAGCGGUGGCGCGAGGCCGCCCAGCGGCAGCAGCAGCGCUACGGGCCCAGCCUGAGGCUGCUGCGAAUCAUCUACGAGCGCCAGUGAGGCCACGCCCACCCCGGCCACGCCCACCCGGCCACGCCCCAAUAAACAACGCAUCCGUGCCCAUA